GCAUCUCUCCUGAGCCAGCGAGGGAGAUGCACUCUUUCCACGUUGGAGAUUGAAAGAUGCUCAAAUUCAAAAAAGGAUCAACGUAGUGACAUUUAAAAGAAAUUCCACCAGAAAUGGAUUCAAGUCUAGACGGAUAAACAUAAACUCCUUGUUCGAGCCCCAGGACGAGUGAGACUGGUCUUUUUUUUCUGAGUCUCAAAGGCAGCGCCAACAUGCCAGUUCUGGAACAAGAGCCCGCCAAAGGUUUAGGAAGCAAAGAUGGUCUUCCUAAGCUGCCCCUCCCCGCUCUGAAAGACACACUGGACGUGUACUUGAGGUGUAUGGAGCACCUGCUCACAGAGGAACAGUUCAACAAGACCCAACAUGUGGUGGAGCAGUUUGGAGCACCUGGAGGAGUGGGGGAGCUACUCCAGAGCAAACUCAUGGAGAGGAGGGACACCACGGCAAACUGGGUGUACGAGUAUUGGCUGAAUGAAAUGUACCUCAACAACAGACUGGCUCUGCCCGUCAACUCCAGUCCUGUGAUGGUCUUCCCACAGCAGCACUUCAAGGCUCCCAUCGACUCUUUAAGGUUUGCUGCUCACUUAAUUUCUGGGGCUUUGGAGUACAAGACUCUUCUUGAUUCACGUGCCCUGCCUGUGGACUGUGCUCGGGGCCAGCUGGCUGGAACUCCCCUUUGUAUGGAGCAGUACUAUCGCCUCUUCACUUCCUACCGCCUACCGGGGCCUGAGAGGGACACACUCGUGGCCCAGCAGAGUAGCGUGAUGCCAGAGCCUGAACACAUCAUUGUGGCUUGUAAAAACCAGUUCUUUGUGCUGGAUGUGGUUAUCAACUUCCGCCGACUGAAUGAAAGAGACCUGCUGACUCAGCUGGAUAAGAUCGCCAGGAUGGCUGACAGCGAAGAAGAACUGCUCCCACCUAUUGGUCUCCUCACUUCAGAUGGACGGGCAGAGUGGGCAGAGUCCCGCAGUGUGCUAAUGAGAGAGUCUACGAACAGGGACUCUCUGGACAUGAUAGAACGCUGUCUGUGUCUGCUGUGUCUGGAUGAUGCCAGUGGGCUGGCGCUCAAUGACACAACACAAGCCAUGUUGAUGCUGCACGGCGGAGGAGUGGCCAAGAAUGGUGGCAAUCGCUGGUACGACAAGCCAAUGCAGUUUGUUGUAGGAGCUGACGGCUGCUGCGGAGUCGUGUGUGAACACUCUCCAUUUGAAGGAAUUGUCCUUGUGCAGUGCACAGAAUAUCUGCUCAAAUACAUGAUUGGCAGCCCAUCAAAGCUGGUCAGGGCUGCAAGUGUGAGCGAGCUGCCUGCACCACGCAGGCUCCGCUGGAAAUGUACUCCAGAGAUUCACAAACUCCUCGCCUCUUCUGCAGACAAACUACAGAGACAGGUGAAAAAUCUGGACAUGAAUGUCCACAAAUUCUGCGAUUACGGGAAAGAGUUCAUCAAGAAGCAGAAAAUGAGUCCCGAUGCCUACAUCCAGGUUGCUCUUCAGUUAGCCUACUACCGAUGUCACGGCAGACCGGUGUCAACCUAUGAGAGUGCUUCUAUUCGGCGUUUUCAGGAGGGCAGGGUCGACAAUAUCCGCUCAGCCACACCAGAAGCUCUGGCCUUUGUCAAAGCAAUGACUGAUGGGAAACUGAGCACAAACGAUGCGGAGAAGAUGGAGAUGUUACGAAGUGCCAUAACCGCACAAACAAAGUAUACUAUUCGGGCCAUUACAGGGAUGGGAAUCGACAAUCACUUACUGGGACUAAGUAAGAUUGCACAUGAACUGAAGAUGGAGACGCCAGAAAUAUUCAAAGACGAAGCCCAUCUCAUCAGUAAUCAGUUCAUCCUCUCUACAAGUCAGGUUCCUACUACUGUUGAGAUGUUCUGCAGCUACGGGCCGGUGGUUACAAACGGAUAUGGAGCGUGCUACAACCCCCAGUCGGACCACAUUAUCUUCUCAGUGUCCAGUUUCCGCGAGAGCUCGCAGACAUGUUCAGCAGACUUUGUCAAGAGUCUGGUUCAGGGACUCCUGGACAUGAGGGACCUCUGCAAUAAAUGUAAUCACGGCUCCAAUCCGACGCAGCAAACACAGGGUCAGACACUUGAGACGCAUACGCAAACAGACACAAACUGGCCAAACAAAACCCCUCAGAGACCAAAUGACCUGACCAAGAAUCAGCAAACAGUGCCACAGGUUCUGCUGAAGACACCAGACCAGACUAAAGUGGAGGCUCAGACCCAGACCUCUUCACAGGAAGAGGCACAGGCGUUGAAGAAAGGGAAAAAAGCAUAGGGAACUGUCAGUGCCAGUGAAAAAAGUGGUGAUGUGAUUUUAAAUGUAUUUCUGUGCUGUCAAAAUACGCACUCUAACUGUGAAACAAAAUGUUACGUAAACCUGUGUUGUUGUAUACUGUACAAUGUAUGACGUGCUGAUCUUCUAAUUUAUUUAUUCUUAGAGAAUAUUAGAGGUGUUUGGUUAUUAUAGAGGACAUUUUCUGUUGUCACAUACAAGAAUAUCCAACAUACAGCACUAAUUCAAACGUCUGUCAAAAUCUGCAGGUAAAAGAGAAUCAAGCUGAGCUUUUGAUUGUUGUUUUGCACUUAACUGAUGAAUCAGCCAAAGAAAAGAGUACCUUUAUUUUUUGGGAUGAGGAACAGUAGUUUGUCAUCUCACUAAAUGUCAACUGAGCAUGCUGCUAUCUAAUGGUUUUCUGAAGAUUAACUGGUUCAAACUAGAAUCGUCUAUGCAGUUUCCAUUUUUGUCGUCUAUAAAUUGUGUCUAAUGCACCAACAAUACACGUGCUAUAACUUAUAUGUCUAUUUAACAACAAAAGUAUCCUUUCAUAAAAUCAUUAGAUGUACUGACCAACAUGCUAUUUAGCUUAUCAAAGAAUGUUAAAUGUGAUACAAAUUGUUUAAUUGUAGAUUUAUGAAAAGAAUAUAUCAAUUAAUUUAUUUAUUUUUGUAUCAAAUAAUUUAAUGUUACAAAGUGUAAAUGUAGGUUUAAAAAGUAAAUAUAUGAAUCGUACUAACCAGAGGUUAUCACUGUGCUAACGACUGUCCAAUUGUAUGUAUGAAGUUCUGUUGAAGAAUAAAACAAUGAAACCAUAAGGCUUAUUGCUGUCCACAGAGUAGAUGCAUAUCAAUACCAUGUUUGAGCAAUAAAUAAUCUACUCUG